CUGGGAGGCGGCUCUGGGGGGAGCGAUCGCUGCGGUCAGUCCCGGCAGCAGGAAGUGACUCGCAGCCGCUGCGGUGACUCUGGCUCCAGGCUCCCGGCGAGAUCCCCGAGCCCCGGCGGCUGGUGCUGGGAGCCCGGAGCCCGGGCUGCAGCCGGGAGAGGGGAAUCUCCAGCGGGGCCCUUCCCGCUGCUCCCCAGGAGCCUCUCCCAGGGCAGAGCCCCCAGCCCGGCCCCUGCCCCAGGGGGGCCCCGCUCGGAGGGAAGGCUGAGGAAUCAUGCCCACGUUUUGCUCCAGAUUUUCCCAUCUUCAGGAGACAGGGAAGGGAAAUGGCUGUGAUGGAGCCAACUCAGAUGCUGGUGACCUUUGAGGAGAUGGCUGUAUAUUUCACCCAGGGAUAGGGGGCUCUGCUAGACCCCAGUCAGAGAACCUUCUACAGGGACGUCAUGCAGGAGAACCAUGAGACAGUGACCUCGCUGGGAUUUCCCGUUCCCAAACCCGAACUGAUCACCCGGCUGGAACGAGGGGAAGAGCCGUGGGCCCCGGAUCUCCAGGCCCCGGAGGAAAGGGGGAGCCCGAGAGGCACCUGCACAGGUGAUAGGACAGUGAGUGAGAACAAGGAGGAGAAUCAGCAACAGGAAGGUCCUGAGCAAGUGGAAUCGCAGGAGAGGUUUUUGAGAAGAGCUGAACAGAAUUUUUCCCAGUGCUUGGAGCAGGGAAAUGCCUGGGGAGAUCGACACAGAUCAGAGAUGCAGCUGGGAAACUAUGCCGGGAAGAAACUAGAUGAAUUCACUGAAUGCGGCGGAGGAUGUAAGGAUCUAAAGGAAACCACAGUCCAGCAGACAAGUCACAAUGAAGAGAAACCCUACAAAUGCCUUGACCGUGGGAAGCGAUUCCAUUUCAGUGCAAACCUUCUUACACAUUGGAGAACCCACACAGGAGAGAAGUCCUACAAAUGCUUGGACUGUGGUAAAAGUUUCCCUGAGAAGUCAAACUUUACUACACACCAGAGACUGCACAUAGGAGAGAAACCCUAUAAAUGCCUUGUGUGUGGGAAAAGAUUUAAUUGGAGGUCACAGCUUAUGUCACAUCACAGAACCCACACAGGAGAGAAGCCCUAUAAAUGCUUAGACUGUGGGAAAAGCUUCAGUAGGAAGCUAGUUCUUAUUGUACACCAGAGACUGCACACAGGAGAGAAACCCUAUAAAUGCCUUGUGUGUGGGAAAGGUUUUAGGCAGUGGGCACUGCUUAUGUCACAUCAGAGAACAAUCUUAGGAGAGAAGCCUUAUAAAUGCUUAGACUGUGGGAAAACCUUCAUUCACAAGUCAAACCUUAUUAUACACCAGAGAGUACACACAGGAGAG